GAAAAAAAUAAUUAGUCUAUUAUUUUUCCUUUAAUUAUAUUUAAUUUUUUGUGGCUUUUACUGAAAAAUUCUUGUUUGUUCUUGCAAUAAACAAACAUUUUCUGGUUCUCGUUCUCUCUUUCCGUAUACGCAAUAGAUAAUCCUAUCAAAUGGAAAACAACAAAUUUUCUUGAUUUUCCCGGAAAAAUCACAAGAGACAUUUUCAAGGUUCUUUAAUAAAGACAGAAUCUUUACAGGCAAGUAAUCAAUUCUUUUAUCAUUUUCUCAUAUUCCUGCUGUUCUUUGGGGGGAGAGAGAGAGAAUCUGCAAUCUUGGUUUGGUUUGGUUGCUUGUAGCCGAAUAAAGGUAUAUUUUCGUCUUCAUUUUCUAAUCCUCUCUCUCUGAAUUGGGAUUUGGACGGGAAAAAAAUCUUGGAAUUUUCUGAGUCCUUCUUCCUUUCUUGUUGUUUUUGCAUUGCUCCUAUUUGACCUUUUAGGGUGAAGAUUGUAUUCUUUUUUUCCUCGGAGCUAUUCUCAUAUAAUUUUAAUGUAAACCCAUCGUUUAGAGCGAUAUUGGCAUCUGAGUUUUGGUGGGUUGUUCUGUGUUUUGUUUGGUGAUUUUUCUUGUUUAUUUAUUUGUUGAUUGAUUUGGUUCGUCAAGUGAUUGCGAAAGCUCAAGUUUUUGGACCUGGGAUUGGAUUCAGUUAAAAUUGUUGGUUAUAAAAGGUUUAUAAGCUUUUCUGUAGUUUGAAAUCUUGGUUUAACAUGGGGAAGAAUAGUGGGAAGAACAAGAUGGAGUGGGGAAGUAAAUCAUUUGAUUUGAGACAAAGUAGAGGUAAUGAGAAUAACCCAAGAGCGAUGGACAAGGACACAGCAGUGUUCAUUUUGCUGUCGAAGGAAUUGAAGGAUGAGGGGAAUAGGUUGUUUCAAAGCAGGGAUUAUGAAGGUGCCAUGUUAAAAUAUGAGAAAGCUAUUAAUUUGCUUCCAAGGAACCAUAUCAAUGUCUCCCACCUUCGGAGUAAUAUGGCAGCGUGUUAUAUGCAGUUGGGCAUUAGUGAAUUUCCGAGGGCGAUCCAUGAGUGCAAUUUGGCUCUUGAAGUUACACCGAAAUAUAGUAAAGCAUUGUUGAAAAGAGCAAGAUGUUAUGAGGCUUUAAAUCGGUUGGAUUUGGCGCUCAGAGAUGUUGGGAUGGUUUUGAAGAUGGAACCCAAUAAUUUCAUGGCAGCUGAAAUUGAAGGGAGGGUGAAAACAGCUAUCGACAAAAGGGGCACGACAGAUAAUGACAUUCCGCUGGAUCCUGUUCCAUUACCUGAAUAUUUUGAACCACCCUCGGUUUCAACACCAACCAAGGCGAUCGAAGAGAAGAUGAAGAAGAAGAAAAGUAAUGUGGGGAAGAAGAAAAUUGAGGAGAAAACCGAGGAAAAAGAGGCUGAGAACCUAAGUAAUGAAAAGAAACAGAAGGAGAAAACUGAGGAAAGGAAGACUGAGGACGAAGUCGCGUUAAAGAACUCCCAAGAUCGGUUUGAAGAAAAGAAGGCUGAAGACAAGGUGGUGGUGGAGGUAGAGAAAAUAAGUAAUACAUUGGAGGUGGAGCCCAAAAGAACGGUGAAAUUAGUAUUUGGAGAAGAUAUAAGAUGGGCUCAGAUUCCUGUCAACUGCAGUAUUUUGAAACUGAGGGAAAUAAUUUCUGAUCGGUUCCCUAGCUCAAAAGCUGUUCUUGUUAAGUAUAGGGAUCAAGAAGGUGACUUGGUCACAAUCACGACAACUGAAGAACUGAGAUGGGCUGAAGCAUCUGUAGAAAGUGGUUCUGUCAAGCUGUAUAUAGUUGAAGUUAAUCCAGAUCAAGAUCCGUUCUUUGAAAAGGUUAAAACAGGACAAGUCGUACGCAAGCUAGACAUAAAACAAGAUAGCAUUACAGAAAAUGGGAAUGUAAGAAAAAUGAAGCAAAUCGAGAAGGGGUCAGUUUGUAUCAAUGAUUGGAUCAUCCAGUUCGCUCAACUAUUCAAGAACUAUGUUGGAUUUGAUACAGAUGCUUAUAUUGAUCUCCAUGAGCUCGGUGUGAAGCUAUAUUCUGAAGCUAUGGAAGAGACAGUCACUAGUGAUGAGGCACAAGACCUUUUUGCGACAGCUGCAGAGAAGUUCCAGGAGAUGGCAGCUUUGGCUCUAUUCAAUUGGGGAAAUGUUCACAUGUCCCGGGCAAGGAAGAGGGUAUAUUUUGUAGAAGAUUCUUCCAGGGAAUCUAUACUUGCACAGAUCAAAUCUGCAUAUGAUUGGGCUCAAAAGGAAUACACGGAAGCAGGAAAAAUAUACGAUGAAGCGCUGAAAAUUAAACCAGACUUCUAUGACGCUAUUCUAGCUCUUGCGCAGAAACAGUUUGAGCAGGCAAAACUCUCUUGGUAUUAUGCUAUUGCUACUAACGUUGAUCUGGAAUCAUGGCCUGCAACAGAAGAAGUUCUUCAGCUUUACAAUAAUGCCGAGGAAAAUAUCGAAAAAGGUAUGGAGAUGUGGGAGGAAGCAGAGGAGCAGCGUCAAUAUACACUCUCCCACCCAAAUAAAAUUUCAGCUUUGUUGCAGAAAAUGAAUAUGGGUAACAUGUUUAAAGAUAUAUCUGCAGAGGAAGCUGAAGAACAGGCUGAGAAUAUUACAUCUCAAAUAUAUGUUUUAUGGGGUACCAUGCUGUAUGAAAGAUCUAUUAUGGAAUAUAAAAUAGGCAUUCCUGUAUGGCACGAAUGUUUGGAGGUUGCUAUUGAAAAAUUUGAACAAGCAGGAGCUUCUUCAACGGAUAUUGCUGUUAUGAUAAAGAACCAUUGUUCCAAUGAUACUGCACUGGAAGGCUUGGGGUUCAAUAUCAGUGAGAUAGUACAGGCAUGGAAUGAGAUGUAUGAAGCAAAGAAGUGGCAGAACAGUGUUCCCGCUUUCAGGUUAGAGCCACUACUUCGGAGACGAGCUUCAAAAAUCUAUCAUGCCCUGGAACAUGCUUAAGUGCUGAUGUUGUUCAUUUCAAGGAGGGGAAAAACACACAGUGGAACUGCAUUGGCCAGGAUCUGUGCUUACUGCAUACUUGCAUUUUACUGGUAUCAAAGCUGAUGAAUCUGAAGAUAACUUUGGCUUCAGAUCAUCCACCAAUUUGUCUGCAUCUGAAGAUAACUUUGGCUUCAGAUCAUUAGCUGAUUUGAUACAAUCGGAAUUUCAAUCUUCAAGACUUCUUCUUCGGUUCAAUACCGACAACAUGGUUUCGUAGAGCUCCAGCAGCUGCUCUCUGCACCUUCCAUCAAGGAAUCAAGCAGUUCAAUAAAUCUUGUACCUCUUCCUCAUCACGUUCUGCUUCCAUUUCCUUGGCAAUCUCUUUUACAUUUGCACUUGGUUGUGGGGUUAGAGCAUUAUCAUUUUGUUACGGACCACGAGGGCCUUUGGCAAAAUAUUUCCUAUCUAACUUCUCAAGAGGUAUAUGGUUUUCAAGAAAAAGCCUCUCUGCAUGCUGUUGAAGGGUACCACCUGUCUUCAAACCUAGUGCAGCCAAUGCCUCUUUUAACCUCUCAGGCCCUACUUCCAUCAGUUCUUCAACGAUAGUAUAAAAAUCAAGAUCAAUAGCAGAAUGCUCUGCUGGAAUGUUACCAUUUUCUUGACCCUCAAAUUUUGUAACUACCUUUGAGAAUAUUCUGCCAAGAUCUUGCAGAGGCUCUAUCCCAUUCCUAUAUCAGAUACUCUAGUAAUUUCUGCAUAUAUUCCUGGUAUUGCCUCGUUAUUUCCUGCAGCUAGACUCAUCUACCGAAUCAGAAUCGUCACUUGACUCUCUCCAAUAACUUCACAACCUGUGCAGGAUCUUUAUCAGAUGUGAUUGGGUUUUCCCCUCCAGUACAUCCAAUGUUUUCUGUAAUCUUCAAGAUGGAUCUCCAAAGUUCAUCUUGAGGGGUGUGUGUUAGAGUAUACAUUCCAGCAGUUCAACAGAUUCCACAAAUUCCUUCAAUUUCCAGUUGCUUCCAACGUAUGUCCAACUGUCUCCUGUUGUUAUAUUAGUUAGUUAGUUAGUUGUUAGAUGUUAGUUAUUCUAGUUAGCCAUUCACAUUUGUGUCUAUAAAUACAAGACUUUGUAUACCUUUUAGUUCAUUGGAUUGUAUUCCAAUCCCUCCUUUCAUGGAGGUUUGUUUUCCUCCUUUAAUGGAAUGUAUCUUGCUUCAAUGAUGAAGGCUUUCUUUCAUCUCAUUCAAUGAAUUCUAACACAUAGAAUAUAUGAUAGUGAGUGAGAUUAUGAUCGAUAAUGACACGGUUUCAUAUGACCGAAGAAAGAGGAUUCGUGCUGCAGGUAUGGGAUGGUAUGGAAAAAGAAUUCAAUAAAACAUUCUUGUUUUCAACCCUAAAAUCUCCUGAUAAUACAAUUGAUCGUAUGAGAAGUACACUAAUCCAAGUCUAAUAGUAGCUGCUUUUAAGCAGACAUGGCAAAUAUUGUUUCUGAGGAAGUGGGAAUCCUCUGAUAACUAUCUGGGUUGUUAAAUUCUUCCUACAGACUACUAUUGCCUCUCCCUCUCCAUCUCUCUCUCCCUGUGUGCAUAUGUGUAAGUAUAUGGUGAAUAUGCAGUGUCUUCUGUACAUUAGAGUUCCUAAAUGUUUUACUUCAUUACCAAGUGAUGCACAUUUUUGCAAGCAA